AUGCGCCGCGGCGCCGCAUGGGCGCUGCUGCUGGCCGCAGCCCUGGGGCUCGGGGCUCGCGGGGUGCGCUCUGCGGUGCCCCUCGCCGACUUCUACCCUUUCGGCACGAAGCGCGGCGACGCCGUCACCCCAAAGCAGGACGACGGCGGCUCGGGGCUGCAGCCCCUCUCGGUGCCCUUCCCGUUCUUCGGCGCCGAGCACUCCGGACUCUACGUGAACAAUAAUGGGAUCAUCUCCUUCCUGAAGGAGGUUUCUCAGUUCACCCCUGUGGCCUUCCCCAUUGCCAAAGACCGCUGUGUGGUGGCAGCCUUCUGGGCAGAUGUGGACAACCGACGUGCAGGCGACGUCUACUACCGGGAGGCCACUGACCCAGCCACGCUACAGAGAGCCACAGAGGACAUCAGACGGUACUUUCCUGAGCUCCCGGACUUCUCUGCUACCUGGGUUUUUGUUGCCACCUGGUACCGCGUGACCUUCUUUGGAGGCAGCUCCUCUUCCCCCGUCAACACAUUCCAAAUAGUGCUCAUCACCGAUGGCCGGUUCUCCUUCACCAUCUUCAACUACGAGGCCAUCCUGUGGACCACAGGCACACACGCCAGCAGCGGGGGUGAUGCUGAUGGCUUGGGAGGCAUCGCAGCCCAGGCAGGUUUCAACGCAGGUGAUGGGCACCGUUACUUCAACAUCCCUGGGUCACGCACAGCAGACAUGGCUGAGGUGGAGACCACCACCAACGUGGGCGUGCCCGGGCGCUGGGCGUUUAGAAUCGAUGAUGCCCAGGUGCGCGUGGGGGGCUGCGGCCAUACAACCUCUGUGUGCCUGGCCCUGCGUCCGUGCCUCAAUGGCGGCAAGUGUAUCGAUGACUGCGUCACAGGCAACCCCUCCUACACCUGCUCCUGCCUCGUGGGCUUCACAGGGCGGAGAUGCCACCUGGAUGUAAACGAGUGUGCCUCCCACCCAUGCCAAAAUGGUGGGACCUGCACCCACGGUGUCAACAGCUUCAGCUGCCAGUGCCCCGUCGGCUUCAAGGGACUCACCUGUGAAUCAGCCCAGUCUCCCUGUGACAACAAAGUGUGUCAAAAUGGCGGCCAGUGCCAGGCAGAGAGCAGCUCCGCAGCAUGUGUGUGCCAGGCUGGGUAUACUGGGGCCACCUGUGAGACAGAUGUGGAUGAAUGCAGCUCCAACCCAUGCCUGAAUGGAGGAUCAUGCGUUGACCUGGUUGGAAACUACAGCUGUGUUUGUGUGGAGCCCUUCGAGGGACCUCGAUGUGAGACAGGAAGCUACCCAGUGCCUUCCCCCUGCCUCUCCGACCCCUGCCAGAACGGGGGCACCUGUGUGGAUGCGGAUCCGGGAUACGUGUGCGAGUGCCCUGAAGGCUUCAUGGGCUUGGACUGCACAGAGAGGAUCCCCAAUGACUGUGAGUGCCGGAACGGAGGCAGGUGCUUGGGUGCCAACACCACCCUCUGCCAGUGUCCUCCGGGCUUCUUCGGGCUCCUUUGUGAAUUUGAAGUCACAGCCACACCCUGCAACAUGAACACGCAGUGUCCAGACGGAGGCUACUGCAUGGAGUACGGCGGGAGCUACCUCUGCGUCUGCCACACAGACCACAACAUCAGCCACUCUCUGCCGUCACCCUGCGAUUCAGACCCUUGCUUUAAUGGAGGCUCCUGUGAUGCCCACGACGACUCCUACACAUGCGAGUGUCCCCGUGGAUUCCACGGCAGGCACUGCGAGAAAGCCCGGCCACACCUCUGCAGCUCGGGGCCCUGCCGGAAUGGGGGCACAUGCAAAGAAACAGGCAAUGAGUACCACUGCACCUGCCCUUAUCGCUUCACCGGGAGACACUGUGAGAUUGGAAAGCCAGACUCCUGCGCCUCUGGUCCCUGUCACAAUGGUGGCACUUGCUUUCACUACAUUGGCAAAUACAAGUGUGAUUGCCCUCCAGGCUUCUCUGGGCGGCACUGUGAGAUAGCCCCCUCCCCCUGCUUCCGGAGCCCAUGCAUGAAUGGGGGUACCUGUGAGGAUCUAGGAGCAGAUUUCUUCUGCCACUGCCAGCCAGGGUAUACAGGACACCGGUGUCAGGCAGAGGUGGACUGUGGUCGCCCUGAGGAGGUGAAGCAUGCAACUAUGCGCUUCAAUGGGACUCACAUGGGCUCAGUGGCCCUGUACACAUGUGACCGUGGCUUCAGCCUGACUGCUCUCAGCCACAUGCGUGUCUGCCAGCCACAAGGUGUCUGGAGUCAGCCUCCCCAGUGCAUUGAAAUAGAUGAGUGCCGGUCUCAGCCAUGCCUGCAUGGAGGCUCCUGCCAGGACCUCACCGCUGCUUACCAGUGCCUCUGCAGCCCAGGGUAUGAAGGAGUCCACUGUGAGCUAGAGACAGACGAGUGCCAAGCACAGCCCUGUAGAAAUGGAGGCUCCUGCAGGGACCUCCCAGGAGCUUUUAUCUGCCAGUGCCCUGAAGGUUUCACUGGAGUCCACUGCGAAACAGAGGUGGACGCCUGUGCCUCCAGCCCCUGCCAGCACGGAGGCCGGUGUGAGGACGGUGGUGGGGCCUACCUGUGCGUGUGUCCAGAGGGCUUCUUUGGCUACCACUGCGAGACAGUGAGUGACCCCUGCUUCUCUAGCCCCUGUGGGGGCCGCGGCUACUGCUUGGCCAGCAACGGGUCCCACAGCUGUACCUGCAAAGUGGGCUACACAGGCAAGGACUGCACCAAAGAGCUCCUCCCACCAACAGCUCUCAGGGUAGAGAGGGUGGAGGAGAGUGGGGUCUCCAUCUCCUGGAGCCCACCUGAGGGCACCAUGGCCAGACAGGUGCUGGACGGCUACGCGGUCACCUACGCCUCCUCGGACGGAUCCUCCCGGCGCACAGACUUCGUGGACCGGAGCCGCUCCUCUCACCAGCUGCGAGCCCUAGCAGCCGGCCGUGCCUACAAUAUCUCUGUUUUCUCCGUCAAACGAAACACCAACAACAAAAACGACAUCAGCAGGCCCGCAGCGCUGCUCACCCGCACCCGACCCCGCCCUGUGGAAGACUUUGAGGUCACCAACAUUUCAGCCAAUGCCAUCUCAGUGCAGUGGGCUCUCCACAGGAUCCAGCAUGCUACUGUCAGCAGGGUUCGAGUGUCCAUCCUCUACCCUGAGGCCUCAGUGGCCCAGUCCACUGAGGUGGACAGGAGUGUGGACCGACUCACAUUUGGGGACCUGCUGCCAGGAAGAAGAUACACUGUGCGGCUAACCACCCUCAGUGGGCCUGGGGGAGCCGAACACCCCACUGAGAGCCUGGCCUCAGCACCACUGAAUGUGUGGACCCGGCCUUUGCCUCCAGCGAACCUGACUGCCUCUCGAGUCACAGACACCUCUGCCCACAUGGUAUGGGACGCCCCCGCUCCAGGUAUCUCACUGGAGGCUUAUGUCAUCAAUGUGACUACCAGUCAGAGCACCAAGAGCCGCUACAUCCCCAACGGGAAGCUGGUGUCCUACACGGUGCGGGACCUGCUGCCAGGUCGGCGGUACCAGCUCUCAGUUACGGCUGUGCAGAGCACGGAGCAGGGCCAGCUGCACAGCGAGCCUGCCCACCUCUACAUCAUCACCUCCUCCAGGGAUGGCACUGACAGACGUUGGCACCAGGGAGGACACCAUCUACGGAUGCUCAGAAACAGACCGGCCCCUGUGCGCCUUCCAGAGCUGCGCCUGCUCAAUGACCACAGUGCCCCUGAAACACCAACUCAGCCGCCCAGGUUCUCAGAGCUUGUAGAUGGAAGAGCAAGAGUGAGUGCCAGGUUUGGUGGCUUACCCAGCAAAUCAGUCAUUGUGAGAUCACAACCCACCACUCCGGUGCCGCUCAAGAACACAGAGGAGGCCCCUGAGCAGGUCCGCCUGGCCCUCCAGCUAUCCAGGAACAGCAGCAAGGACCCAGAAAGUGCCCUUGGUAGCUGUUCAGAAGAUGCCUGUCAGAAUGGAGGCACCUGUGUGCCAGGUGCCAAUGCCCACAGCUGUGACUGCAGACCUGGGUUCAAAGGCAGACACUGUGAGCUUGCCUGUGAAAAAGUGCCUCGCCCCUGCACACGGCUGUUCUCAGAGACAAAGUCGUUUCCUGUCUGGGAAGGAGAUGUCUGCCAUCACGUGUAUAAGAAAGUCUACAAAGUUCACCAGGACAUCUGCUUUAAAGAGCGCUGUGAGAGCACAAGCCUCAGGAAACCCCAAGCAGGAAACAAAGUAACAGUCAAACACUGAAGAAAUCUUAAGGAACACUCUCCUUCAUACCAAGAUCUGUUGAGAACUGGAGACACCAUCACACCCAGCACCUUGAGCACUGAGGUCCUUUACCAGACACUGAUGGCACAGACUCAGCACUGUGCUCUUACAGACCCAACCAGGAAGGCUCCAGAACUCCCUACUAUAGCCUCCCUCUAGAUACAACCUGGUCUGGCCGUGAAUAUGAAUCUGCUUUCAGGUGGAAAUGAGACUUUAAGAGGGAGGGGCAACUCUCUCUCUCUCUCUCUCUCUCUCUUUCUCUCUCUCUCUCUCGGCAGAUCAGUUACAGCGAGGCACAAGAAUCACCUGGCCCCUUUAGGGCAGUGGGCCUGGGUGGUAAAAGGAUCAAGGAUGCCAAACAACCCUAGGGGUGCUGGGAAGGCUCUAAGGAAGUACCCCCAACCCUAUGAAUGGCAUUCUACUGGUGAAAUAGGGUGGGAACCUUGUCAUGUAACACCCAGGUGAUCCUAAAUGCAGCCUCUCAUUGGGGGGUUAGGGUGGAUCCUGGGAUUCUAAGCACCAAUAUCCCUGAAAUGAAAGAAACUUUGCCUGCUUGCUCCAGCAUGCCCCACCCACCUCCCCAUGUAUAAACUGUGAGAUGUUAAAGGGCAUUGGAUGUUUUUCCACAACAGUCUGGAAAAUACUGGGUUACUCUGUGGAGACCCAUGUAUAGCCCAAACUCAGCCCCACAGUGACUUCCUAUUGAUGUGACAUAAUUGGGAACGACAGAUUGGCUGGCCCAAGAAAAUUUACUCCCCUCCCUUGGGAGAGCCAGAACAGUUCACUUUUCCUGUGUUGGGAGAGAGGCGUAUCUGGAAACUAGCCACAUCAGCAGUCAGCUUUUUCUUCUACAGUGGAGGACAUGAAGGAGAAAUGUCACCCAAAGGCCUAAGAACAACCACAAACAAAGGAGCUCCAGGCAACGCUCAUCCUAAGGAAAAAUGCUCACAGUAAGGGAUAGGACAUGAGCAAAGGUGAUCGGGGCAUCAGAACAGCAGGCUCUCGGACAUCAAGCAGCAGGGCCUUUGCAUCCUCACCGUUUCUACUAUGAAAACCCUGUAUGAAGAGCAGCUGACAACACUCAAAUCCUGUCCGCUCCACAGCAUCACCUUUCACCUCAGCCUCCAAGAAUGCAAACACAAAACACCUCCAACACUUGUGAGCAAUUUAAACCCACGAAGAUCAAGAGUCAGUCCAGACAUUAUUUGGUUUUAAAAUAUUUACAUUGCAAUACGUCACUUGAAAUAUCAAUGUAUCUUUUAAGAACUCACCCAGAAUGCCCAUUUUUAUAAAAAUUAAUAAUCCCCAGCUACUUACCACAGACUGACUUAUAGAACACUUAUUUCCAGAGCAACAGGGAAAACAGACAGGAAGCACGCAUGCGCGCGCGCGUACACACAGACAGACAGACAGACACACUCACACAAAACACCAUUCAAGGCUGCCCUAGGAAAACGACCCAAUGCCAUCACCAGAAGGCAGCAGGGGACCAGCAGCCUAUUGAUUCAAAUUUAAAGGACGGGCUGAACCCAGGUGUCCUCAUAGAGGUUCCUGUGUUCUCACUUCCACCCUCUGCAUCACAGCCAGCUGGAAUUCUGGCGAUGCAAGAAUGAAUACAGGUCCCCUGGGGAACAGUGCCUGCUGCCCCCAGAGAAAGAUAGUGGGCAUAAAAAGGAGUCUGUUUGCUGCUCCUGCUUCUAAAGGGUCAGCAGGUGCUGGUAACACUGCCCACCUCAAGAAUUUUCAAGAUGCAGAAAAAUGAGGUCUGAAACCUAACUUAAAAAUGACAGGAGACAAGUUCUUGGCUGUAGUCAGUCUCCCCUAAGACCUCUGUCCUCAGAUUUCUAGAAGAUAGACAACCAGAUCCGCACACCCAAGGAUUCCUGCAAGGGAAGCCCUGAAGCAUCUGCAAUCUUAACCCAGGCUGCUGUUUGUGCAGCUGUAGCCAGUACCUCUGUGAGCAGUGAGUGUGCAAAUUACCUGGGUUAGCAGGCUUGGUCAGUGGUGCUUCUCUAUGCUCGGAAACCGCCCCAGAUUCCAGCAUCAGAGAAGUGUCUCUUGAACCCUCAAAACCUCAAGAAGAAAAGACUCAGCUUUCACAAGAGAUGCAAAAAGGACCACAUGGAAACAGAGGAGCUCUACCCUGCUCCUCUCGUUUAUACUGACCUUAAGAAAUGCUAAUCACUACUACUACAGAGUUUAGACACUUGGUCUACAGCUCAGGAGUUGGCAGGGCAGACAAAUGCGUUUUCAGAUGGCGUGACCUCUCUGGCACCCACCCAACUCUGCUACUGUACUGCCAACACGGUCACAGAUGUAGACAGACAGCAUGGCUGUAUCCCAUUAACUCUUCAUCCACAGAAACAAGCGGUAGGCCACAGUUGGCAGUGCCUGGCUUAGAUCUAGACCUCGGUCUUCUGUACAGAAAGACAUCUCCUGAAGGACAAGCUGCCAUCAAGGCAUGAAGACCCCUGAACGUCACAGAAGAAAAGGAGCCAAGAUCCUUGCUCGGAAACCUAAGCUAUGCAUCCACCAUAAAGCAGCAAGCGCUACUCUGUUCACAACUGACGGGAGCACAGAGUGGCACAGGGCGGGCAGGCUCCUGGAGACAGGGCCCAAGGCGUCUUGUAAUCCGUGCCUCAAGGCGAUGGUCUGGCCAACAAAGACAAACACACUUCACCCAGCCUGUUUUCCACUCUACUCUCAACAAGGCUCUAAGCAGCUGCCUUCUCCUGUAGUGAGGUCGGAAAAAAGAUCCCUCGAGAACAGAGCCUACCUGACUGGAGAUCCAGUACCAACCAGAGGCCUCCUGUCCUCAGUUCAUAAAAACGUACUUUGAAGAAAAACAUUUAUUUUUACCAAAUAUUGCUGAGCCUGUGCAUUAUGCAAUUUUUUCCUUUUCAUGUCAAAAACUCACACUGGCUUGUCUCCAGAGACCUGGGGGGCCAAAGACAGGGCUCAGAGACCAGCUCCACAAACAUCUAUGUCAACUUCCAUGCGACAGUGAGACCUGCCACCAUCCCGCUACAGAAGCUACAGCAUUAGCAAGACCAAGUGACAUCGCUGGAAACGUAGAUGAAACCUUUAUAGUAAUGACCUCAGGAGCCUCACCCACCAGGCCAACCCUGCCACAUUCCCACUUCCAGUUGGAGCCUAUGUUUCAGACAGGACCCAGCCCACUGAAGGCAGAGUGUGGAGCUGGCACACAAUCCUUCCAGUGUUUCCCAGGGGAGACAGACUUGCUGAUGCUGAGGAAGUUGUGGUAACAUUCCACACAUGCCUCUGCUUUCUCACACGUCUUUCGGAAGCAGAUGUGUGUCCUUCCAAAACAGUCACUGUCCAUUUGGGAAAUGUCACAAUAGAAUCAGAAGACUGACAAGGUGUAAAGAUUUAUU